UUUCGUCUUCGUCGUCAACAAAUCUGGCUUUUCUUCAUCGAUUUGCAUAAUCCAUUCCUUCUUCUUCUCUCAUUCUCCAAAUUCGGAAUCUUCUAAUUACGAUUUCAAGGCUCCUUCUCUAUCCUUGAUCAUCAUCACCGAUUCAAUUAAUCAGGAGGUACACAAUUUUCGAAAUCGAGUUUCCUGGUAAAACCCUAAGUUAUGUACAGCAAUUUCAAGGAACAAGCGAUCGAGUACGUGAAGCAAGCGGUUCACGAAGACAAUGCCGGGAAUUACAACAAGGCGUUCCCUUUAUACAUGAACGCGCUUGAGUACUUCAAAACUCAUCUCAAGUAUGAGAAGAACCCUAAGAUCAGAGAAGCUAUUACCCAGAAAUUCACCGAGUAUCUCCGCCGUGCAGAGGAGAUCCGUGCUGUUCUCGAUGAAGGUGGAUCGGGUCCGGGAUCUAACGGCGACGCGGCGGUUGCGACGAGGCCGAAGACUAAGCCGAAG